AAAAACAGUAAAUCUGGGAUUUCACCGUCGAUGAGAAGAUGUUUUCAGUGUUUCCGUCUUGUUUCUGUGUUUUAUCAGCCGGAUGUGAUGAGGGGGACGGUGCCGAAGUGUCCCACCUGUAAAGGCGUUGUUAAACCCGACAUCGUGUUUUUCGGGGAGCAGCUUCCUCAUCAUUUCUUCAGGUACCUCACAGACUUCCCGCUGGCCGACCUGCUGAUCGUCAUGGGAACGUCACUGGAGGUGGAGCCCUUCGCCAGUCUGGCGGGAGCCGUGCGCGGCUCGGUCCCCCGGCUGCUCAUCAACAGGGACCUGGUGGGUCCGUUCGCGUGGCGCCGGCGGGCUCAGGACGUGGUGCAGCUGGGUGACGUGGUCGGCGGCGUGCAGGUCCUGGUGGAUGCGCUGGGCUGGACUCAGGAGCUGGACGCCCUGAUGGCCGCUGGAGCCGAGAGGGCUGCGACAAAGACAGAAGAGUGAGCAGCGCGCCGCGUCAGGCUGGAGGUUUGACUUUAUUCUCUGCACUCUGAAAACUGGACGACUGAAUCCAGACUGGUUUCACUGGGGACACGUGGUGGUUCUUGGAUUUUUGGUUACAUCAGUGGAAACUCACAAACAGAUGUGAAACUGUUUGGAUGAAAUUUAGAAAUGUUUCUGUUGAAUAUCAGUAAAUCACAGGUAAGUGACACGCAGGGUUAAAACAGGCAGUGUGUGUUCAGUGUGUCGCGCAGCAGUUUGACUCUUCACAUGUGCAAUAUCAUAUUUUAUUUAUUAAUCUUUAACAACUUAAAAUGGGUAAAAAUGCACUUUUUUGUAUUAACAAGCAAGAUGGAUCUGAAAAAACUGAGCCAAGAAGAAAAAAGUAAUAAAAGCCCACAGUCAUUUUUAA